AUGGAUAAAGCUAAGGCCGCUGUCUCCGACUUCAUGUCCAAGGCUGGAAAGCAUGAUACAACUGUGCACGAACGUGUGGCUCCUGCUGUUACCGACGAAACAGUCAAUUCCCAUCGCCAUGAGAAUGUAACUACUGCGGUCGACAAAGAGGUUCACCAGGAUCAUUACCAUCACUCGGUACAGCCGGUGAAGGACCGUGAAGUUCUCCCUGAGCAGCACAGCCAUCAGCUCGGCAAUGUUGAGCACCGCCAGUUUGAGCAUGGAAACCAGCGCGAUGUUACCUCAAGACUGGAGCAGGAAGCUGCUCAGUUCAAGGAUCAGCGCACUGUUGGUCAGACGAAGGAAACUCAAGCCGUGAAGCCUACCGUACAGGGAGAGCAUGUGCAUCACCAUGUUCACGAGACUAUCCAACCUGUGGUACAAAAAGAGACCAUCCAACCCUCGGUUGUUCACACCACUGUCCCGAUCCACGAAGUCCACCACAAUGCCGCUCAACAUCACAGCGCAUCGGCGCUCCCCGCCGUGAGCAUGUCGGACUUCAAGAAGCAGGGAGGCGUCCUAGGUGGACGUGAGGAACGCUAUGAUGGCUUCGAGGGUGAGCCCCGAGCUAUCGGUGGCGCUCUUGGUGGUGGCCGAGGCCACGGCCACGUUGGAGAACAUCACGGAGAGCACCAUUCUCACCACUCUGGCGCCACUGCCGGUCAGCACAACUCUGGCCUGGCUAACAAGACCGAUCCUCGUGUGGACAGCGACUUGGAUGGUAGCCGGACUCCCAGCCUGAUGGACAAGGUGAACCCUAAGGUGGACGCGAAUGGAGAUGGAAAGGCCGGUUUCAUGAAGUAA